AUCUGGAGUCAGACGCGCCACCGUUGCGCCACGAGGUCUCCAUCGCGGUAGCCACGUAUUUGCUAUAUACACCGUCAAACACCAGAAUGCGAUGCUUCGACGGGACCAUGGCGGCACAAGCGACGACCUGUUCGGGGCCUUAGUGUCGCCUUACAGGGGGAGGGAACUGAGAAAGGAGGGGGAACCGGGUAGGACCAUCGGGAGCAUCACUACUUCACACAGGAGGGAUGAGAGGAGACCAAAAGGGAGCAGAGUGUUUCUAAGCAACAGCGGCAACUCACAAUGGGCUACAAGAUUCCCGGAGCAGCGAUGGACCGCGUGAGCCUGCUAUGGCGUCUGCGGCGUCGUGCCCGCCGCGGUGCCCUCUGCAUGGCCUUCUUCUGCAUUUCCAUGGCGCUGCUCUACGCCCUCUGCGCCGAGAACAGCGUGCCCGUCACCGAUGCCAUCUUCGGCGUGCGGGCGCGGACCCGGGCCCAGCCUCGCGCGCACGCCGUCGUCAAGGUGCUGCGAGGUGUCGCCAAACCCGCGUACGAGGACCCCCAGAAGCUCCCGGGCAUUGUCCCUGGCGACCCCCGGCGACCCAUCCCCGUGCUCUCCUCACCCAACCGCACCUCUGAGCACCAGACCACCAAGCCAAAGCCCAGAGAGGGAGAGAGUUUCUUCGCACGCAUGUUGCCGCGACCCCUCCUGCGUGCCCUGGACACCCUUUUCGGGGGCCGCCGGCGAGGCCAGCUGAGCGGCAAGGGCGGCGAGCUCUUUGGGCUCAACAGCCUUCUCGGGAAGGUGUGGAAUGAGCACAUGUCAAGUAGCAUGCUGGGAACCAGGCUGAGGAAGGUGGUGAACAACUAUCAGGCGAUGAACAAAUAUGGUGUCAAGCUCCCCGAUGCAGCAGCCAUAGCCAGCAGAACCAUGUUGAGAGGGCCGGAGCUCCUGUGCCAGCUCCACAAGAAGGUGGAGUUGUCCACGCUGACGGCCGACCUGCCGCCUUUUUCUUCUCUGCCGUGGGCCUCCCAGCUACCGCCUAAGCCGCUCACAUCCGACGUGGGGCCGUUCAAGAGCUGUGCCGUGGUCUCGUCCGCUGGCUCGCUCCGGGAUGCGGGCCUCGGCAAAGAGAUAGAUGCCCACGAUGCCGUGCUCCGUUUCAACAGCGCCCCCACCAGCCACUACGAGAAGGACGUGGGUUCCAAAACCACCAUUCGCCUCAUCAACUCACAAGUAAUGGCGUCUGAUGACCACCACUUCCUGUCUAGCUCACUGUACAGCUCAGGUGUAUUGGUGGCCUGGGACCCCGCUCCCUUUUCCGCUGACCUCACACAGUGGUUCAACCGCACCGACUACCCCAUCUUCACUCAGUACCAGCGCUACAGACGGCUGCACCCACAGCAGCCCUUCUACAUCCUACAGCCACGCUUUAUCUGGCAGGUGUGGCAGCGGAUACAGGACAACAUGCCAGAACCCAUCCAGAAGAACCCCCCCUCCUCUGGCAUGCUGGGUACAGUGCUGAUGAUGUCCAUAUGCGACGUGGUGCACGUGUAUGAGUUCCUGCCGUCGCGCCGCAAGACGGAGCUGUGCCACUACUACCAGCGGUUUUAUGACGCCGCCUGCACGCUGGGCGCCUACCACCCGUUGCUCUACGAGAAGAACCUGGUCAAGCGUAUGAACCAGGGACCUGACCGCGACAUUUACACACACGGGCGUGUCACGCUACCCGGAUUCAGCAGUCUCAACUGCAACACAACCCAUGAAGGUUGACGAGCAAAAGAGAACACACACUGAGCUGGAACACACACUGGAAUUCAUACCUAUAUAAUAAAUG